GAGACUUCGUGAUAAGAAAAAAAAAUUAGGAUGUGGAUUGCUGAUGUCUUUAUAAAGGCGAUUGAAUCUAAUUGUAGAUAGAGUUGUUUUACCAUUAAAAGUGAUCGAUAGACAGGAUAGCACUCUCUAAAAAUGUUUAUCCACCGCAAAGGAAAAGUUUUACAAGAGAAUUGUAUACAUAAUGAAGCAACCAGUUAAAGAUGCAAAAAAAUUAAAAUGAUAGCACACAUGAACAGCUUACGGACUGGAUACUGCAGUUGGAGAUAUCACAGAAGAUUGUUGAAGAAAUGGUCAGAAAAAAGAAGGAUUUCUUUAACCCAUUAUCUAUGUGAGAACAACAUGCUUCAAUCCAGCUCUGUAACAACAAAAAGUAUAGAUACAUUCAAACCACAAGUGAAUGAAAUUGAAAUCCAGAUGUUGCCAGAAAAUCUUCAUCAACAGAUUUUUCCCAACAUAAAUUCCACAGAGGGAGAAACCUCCACUGAUUUGGAUGAAAUCAAGAAAAAUCUUUCUAAGCAUGGUUUGUGGGGUAAAGAGACAGCAGUAUUGGAUGAGGUUAAGGUGGAUCUCCCCGAGCUUCAGGGGAAGUCAAUCACAGAGCACUUCUACAACAUAGCUAACCAGCAGCUUGAUGGCUAUGUACAACUGACAAAAGAGUUAAUGUGGGAACCAGUUCCAACUAAACCAAAGAAAUGGUCCCAGAGAGCAGGCUGGACAAAGUAUGAUGCUAAGUCGGGGAGGGGCACCCCAGUGGAAUAUCCAGAGGAGGACAUCUUGGUGUUUGAUGUUGAGGUCUUGGUACAAGAGGGACAUUAUCCAACCCUGGCAACUGCUCUCUCUCCAACAAACUGGUAUUCUUGGUGCUCAGAGGCAGUAAUGAAGGGAAAAUUCCGAUGGACCAAAAAUCCACAGCCAUGUGACCUGAUUCCCUUGGAGUCACCAGCCCAAAAUUACGGUUCAAAUAAAGAAGGAAGUAGGAAGAAGGUGGUGAUUGGUCACAAUGUAGGCUUCGACAGGUCAUUCAUCAAGGAGCAGUAUUAUAUUAAGAAAUCCGGUGGACGUUUUUUGGACACCAUGUCCCUUCACAUUGCUGUGUGCGGUAUGACCAGCUUCCAGCAAGUUCUGUUUCAGUCCAGCAAGAAGGAAACAAACAGGAAGGAUGUUAGAGAAUACAUAGAGAUGAAGCACUCCAGAAGGGAAAUGGUUGAUAACACUUGGACCAGCGAGAGUACUAUGAAUAAUCUGAAUGACGUGUACCAGCACCACUGUGGAGGAGAAUCUCUUAAGAAAGCCACCAGGGACGUGUUCGUGAAAGGUAGCAUGGCAGAUGUCAGGGAAAUGUUUCAGGAACUGUGUUCAUAUUGUGCUGGUGAUGUGGAAGCAACUCUGCAUGUUUUUAGAAAAGUCUGGCCACAAUUUCUUGAGAGAUUCCCAAACCCAGUGACUCUAUCAGGAAUGAUGGAGAUGGGAACAGCCUACUUGCCUAUCAAUCAAAACUGGGAGAGGUACAUCAACCAAUCAGAUGAUGUAUAUGAUGAUCUUCAGAAUGAGCUUUCUCGACUGCUCCAAAAGAUAGCAAACGAGGCUUGUGAAUUACUACACGAUAACAGAUAUGAAGAUGACCUUUGGCUGUGGGAUUUAGACUGGAGUGUUAAUGAAUAUAAGCUAAACAAACCAAAAAAGAAGCCCAAGGACACUAAUAAGGCAAAAACACCAGAACAAGUGCUUGAAGAAAUCCUGGAAACAAAAGACAGAAUUCCUAAGGUUGGCCGUCAUAUGAUUGGAUAUCCUGCAUGGUAUAGAGAGUUAUGUCCCAAGAAGACAGCCAAAGACUGGAAGCCAGGUCCCUCCCUAAUCACCACCUCGCGACGCAUCACCCCCAAGCUCCUAAGAAUGACCUACAAGGGCUACCCCCUACAUUAUGAUUCCAAAUUUGGAUGGGGUUUUUUAGUUCCUGACAAACACAAGGCUGCAGCUGAUAGACAGAAGUUAGCCAUGGCUGAAGAGGAUAUGUCAAAUUUCCCCAUCAUAAACUUAUUCAAGAUGUGUAAGGAAUCUGUGUCUGAAGAUUUACUGGUUCCCAUGACUGACAAUGAAAUGGAGAAGAUGUUAAACACAGCAAAAGAUGACAUGGAGUGGAAUGAACGAGCUAAACAUCUGGACGAGGCGGGCAUCAAAAAACAAGCCAAGAAAAAAGACGAUAUCCUAGAGGUGAAAGAAACAAAGUAUGAUGUUGGGAUUCCAGGCUGUUGGUUCCAAAAAUUGCCUCACAAGGAUGGCAAAGGAAGCAAUGUGGGUAACCCGCUGUCAAAGGACUUCCUUCCCCUAAUAGAGACCGGUGUUCUGAAGUCCCUUUUAGUGACAGCAGAGACUGUACUGAAACUGACCAAGAUGUGCUCCUACUGGCAGAAAAACAAAGACAGAAUCUCGGGACAGAUGGCAGUGAUCCUGAAUGAAGAAGAUCUACCAGACACUGUUACAAGUGACCCAAGUUACGACGUUAAUGAUGCCUAUGGAGCCAUCAUUCCAAGGGUUAUAUUUGCCGGAACCAUUACAAGGAGAGCUGUGGAGAAGACUUGGAUGACAGCAAGCAAUGCUUAUAUUGACAGGGUGGGUAGUGAAAUGAAGUCAAUGAUCCAGUCUCCCCCAGGGUACCAUUUCGUGGGGGCUGAUGUUGACUCUCAGGAGCUGUGGAUUGCAGCCAUUAUUGGUGACUCCAAAUACAAGAUACAUGGUUCUACCCCAUUUGGCUGGAUGACACUACAAGGAAAUAAAAAUGACAAAACAGACUUACACAGUAAAACAGCGGAGACUGCUGGAAUCACCAGGGACCAUGCUAAGAUUUUAAACUAUGGUCGCAUUUAUGGAGCUGGGCAGAAGUUUGCUGAGACUCUGCUAAUGAAUUUUAAUCACAAUCUGACCCCAAUAGAAGCAGCUGCUAAAGCUAAGAAACUGUACGAAACAACCAAAGGAAAAAGGAAACGUGAUCUGAGGCAGUGGGAAGGAGGGACGGAAAGUGUGAUGUUCAACAUGUUGGAAUCGAUAGCCAGGUCCCCCUCUCCAAAGACGCCAGUACUGAGUGCCUCCAUCAGUAAAGUGUUAGAACCAGAGGUUAUAGGAGAUGAGUUCAUGACAAGUCGUAUUAACUGGGUGGUACAGAGUUCAGCUGUGGAUUACCUGCACCUGAUGUUGGUGUGUAUGAACUGGCUCUGUAAUCAGUACGAUAUUGAUGCCCGGUUUAGCAUCAGUAUCCAUGAUGAGGUUCGGUACCUGGUGGCCAGUAAGGACCGGUACAGGGCAGUUCUAGCUUUACACAUCACAAACCUCCUCACCAGGUGUAUGUUUGCUCAUGCUCUAGGAAUGAACAAUUUACCUCAGUCAGUGGCCUUCUUUAGCAAAGUAGAUAUAGAUCAGUGCUUAAGGAAGGAAGUGAACCUGGAGUGUCGAACUCCCUCCAACCCUAGUGGUAUGGAGAGAGCCUACAAUAUCCCCAUGGGCGAAGGUCUGGAUAUCUACAGGACCCUGGAAAUCACGAAAGGAUUACUACAUUCUGUAGCGGAUUCUAGCAAUAUAAGGACGGAACUUGCACUGUGAAAAGACGAAGAAACAACCUUUUGUGUAAUUUAUACAGGUGCAAGCUAGCAUUUGCAAGGUUAUAGAACAGAUUUGAAAUCAUAAUAAUAUUGUAAUUAUCUUUCUUUAUUUGUAUUUUUACAGGUAAAAUGUCUUUGUUUUUAAAGGAAAUGUUUACAUACGUUGUUUUAAAUGGUGCUUGGUUUUAGCAUUGAAAUCCAUAUACACCGGUUUCAAUGGUUUGGAUAUACCGUAUAACGGGUAUUUUC